AUGACCCAACAAACAAGCCAGGAAUGGAUCGACCUACUCGAAUGGCUGCAGAGGAACGAAACCAAUACGGGAGAAUUCAAAGCAACGAUGCGUUCAUCGACCAGCAAGGGUCGCAGCCUGGUAGCCACGGAGGACAUCGAAGAAUCGACAUCAAUCCUAUGCUUACCAAGAUCAGUCCUGCUAGAUACCAAGACGAUACCCCAAGAGUUCGUAGAGAAGCAUUGCUUGGAGCUCACUUCGACUCAAGCCUUGAGCCUAUUCCUGACGGUCUAUCGAUCGAGUCGACGGAACUGUGCAGACCCGGACCGAUUCGAAUACCCAUUUGGAUGCUACUUAUCUACCCUACCGGACGACCUAUCGGGGAUCCCAUUAGUAUGGCAACUCCGCGCGAUCUUUGGAAAGAUGGACGAGAUCGAUCCAACCGAUCUGGCCCAGCUCGAUCGGCUCCAAACUCAUGUCCGACCAGCCCCUCCUCCCACAGAUUCCAUCAAUCCCUUCGACUUCUACCAGCUCAUGACGCCUACCACUAUCAAUCAAGCCGAGGAGGUCCUGCUCCGGUUCAUCGAUGAUUGGGCCGCCUUGGUCCCGACCUUACGCGACUGUUAUCCUCAUGCUCGUCUUUGGGAUCUGCUUUGGGCGUGGCUAAUUGUUAAUACUAGAUGUGUAUCAUUCAACAUUGGAGCCAAGAAGAUGGCGGACAAUAUCUCACUAGCCCCAGCAUUUGACAUGGCGAACCAUUCGCCGAUCAGCAGAGUGACGGCGGUAGCCAAUGAGCAGACACUGACGAUGUAUUCGACGCAGCCUGCGGGGCUGGGCCCGGCGAACCCGGCCCUGAACUUCCCCCACUCGUCCCCAUCCGAUCAGCCCUGCAUGAUCAGGAAAGGCCAAGAAAUCACUUUCUCGUAUGGCCCCCAUGCCAACUCCACCCUCUUGACUGAGUACGGCUUCGUCGCCUCUGAACCUAAUCCUUGGGACUCUAUCGACGUCACCGACCAUAUCGUCGCCCUUUUCAAUCGCUCUGACCCUACUCAUCUCAAGAAGAUCGAACUGCUCAAGAAUACAGAUUACUGGGAGGACUACACGAUCCAAUGUGAUCCUCUAGAAAGCUCGCACCGGAACCUAGUAGCGUUGCGCUUACUGCACACGCCCGAGGGGCGACUCUCGGAAUGGGAGGCCCACAUUGACGGGCUAGCCGACGAGUUGAGCCGAGACAUCGAGCAAGCCGUCCGACGAACUCUGGACGAGCUCUUCGAUCAACUCCAGGCCAAGUCUCGCGCACUGGUCCAGAAACUCGAAGGACCAGACAUCUGCUUUGCCAAGUUCGGCUUGAGUGUUUACUCCGCUCAAUGCCUCGUAACUCUCGCUGCUAACGAGUUGAAGGCACUAUCUUCUUAUUCCCCUUCGACCGACUAA